AUGUGGUGCGCCUUGCUCCAAGUGCUCACGGCUCUGCUGGCGUGCGCGCUGGAAAUGCAUCAGCUCAGGGUAAUAGCAGCAAAGGAGAAUGACAGGCAUGGAUCUUCGCUGACUAUGUCGCCGUCGGAUUUCCUGGACAAACUGAUGGGGAAAACAUCAGGCUAUGACGCAAGGAUAAGACCGAACUUCAAAGGUCCCCCUGUAAAUGUCACCUGCAACAUUUUCAUCAACAGCUUUGGUUCUGUCACUGAGACCACCAUGGACUACAGAGUAAACAUUUUCCUGCGUCAGAAGUGGAAUGACCCGCGCCUUUCCUACAGUGAGUAUCCAGAUUCAUCGUUGGAUUUGGACCCAUCCAUGUUGGACUCAAUUUGGAAACCUGAUUUGUUCUUCGCCAACGAGAAAGGAGCCAAUUUCCAUGACGUCACCACUGAGAACAAGCUGCUGAGGAUCUUCAAGGAUGGAACUGUUCUUUACAGCAUCAGGUUGACCUUAAUAUUGUCCUGUCCAAUGGAUUUGAAAAACUUCCCGAUGGAUGUCCAGACAUGCAUUAUGCAGCUGGAGAGCUUUGGCUACACGAUGAACGAUCUGAUCUUUGAGUGGUUGGAAAUGGGACCAGUGCAAGUUGCUGAGGGUCUGACGCUGCCUCAGUUCAUCAUCAGGGAGGAAAAAGAGCUUGGCUACUGCACUAAACACUACAACACAGGGAAGUUCACCUGCAUCGAAGUGAAGUUCCAGCUGGAGAGGCAGAUGGGCUACUACCUGAUCCAGAUGUAUAUCCCUAGCUUGCUCAUUGUUAUCCUGUCCUGGGUGUCCUUCUGGAUCAACAUGGACGCUGCACCAGCUCGGGUUGCUCUCGGCAUCACCACCGUGCUCACCAUGACCACACAGAGCUCUGGGUCCAGAGCCUCACUGCCAAAGGUGUCGUAUGUGAAGGCCAUAGACAUCUGGAUGGCGGUGUGUUUGCUGUUUGUCUUCGCUGCGUUGCUGGAGUAUGCUGGAGUGAAUUUUGUCUCAAGGCAACAGAAGGAGUUCCUCCGACUCAAACGGAGAGAGAGAAGAAAUAUCAAGGAGGAGGAGCUAAGAGAAGGACGUUUCCAUUUCUCUGGCUAUGGCAUAGCUACAUGCAUGAAGGAUGGAAUAGCAGUGAAAAGUGAGAGCAGUGUGCCACAAACAUCGGCAGAGAACAAUAAGAGGAAGUUUGUGGACCGAGCAAAGAGGAUCGACACCAUUUCGAGAGCAGCUUUUCCUUUGGCCUUUCUCAUUUUUAACAUCUUCUACUGGAUCACGUUCAAAAUAAUCCGACAUGAAAACACUGCCAAAGUGUAG